CUGCCUCCCCCCUGGGGCGCAGUAAUCCCAGGGGGAAUUCCUUGAUACCACGCCAGGUCCUCAAAUCAGCCCCCCAGGAUGACCCCCUGCCCUGUGCCAGAGCACCCCUCCAUGUGGAUCCCAGGAUCUCAUUCCCACGGGAAGCACUGGCGGGAUUCCCCACCCACGCCCAGGGUUGGCAUCGCUGGAGCCCCCUCGGAUGGGCCGCUCAGCUCCUUGCACAGACACGUUGGAGCUGCCAGGGUGGAUCAGCAUUCCCAGGCAAAACCAAAAACCAUCUCCUUCCCGUGGGUGCAUUUGCAGCCCCAGCGAGGGCACCCGCGGGAAGGAGAUUUUGGGAUGGAGGAGCUCAGAUCCUGGUGCCAGAGGCGGUGAGGACCGUGAUGGGGACACGCCAAGCGCGUGGCACCACCGCUGCCAUGAGCGCCGGGAGCGCGCGGGGCGAGGUUGAACCCCCCGGCUGCGCCGCUGCCCCGCGGCAUUCCCGGUCCCUGCUCCAGCCGUGGCGGCCGUGGAUUCAUCCCGGCCUUGCCAAGAAAUGAGCUUUUCCUCGGGCGAGGUGUUUACUCAGUGGCUUCCUCCCCGGCCUCACCCCGCUCGGCACACACGCGCCCGAGCCCGGCGUCUCCGGCUGCUCUUUGCACCCAUGGCAACGUGCGAGGGCCGGCACGCGUCCUGCCUCCCGCUCCUCUUCCUCGGCUCUCCCGGCGCUGAGAUGGACACCUUCAGCACCAAGAACUUGGCCCUGCAGGCCCAGAAGAAGCUCCUGAGCAAAAUGGCCACCAAGACCAUCGCCAACGUCUUCAUCGAUGACACCAGCAGCGAGAUCCUGGACGAGCUGUACCGGGCCACCAAGGAGUACACCCACAACCGCAAAGAGGCCCAGAAGAUCAUCAAAAACCUCAUCAAGAUCGUGAUGAAGCUGGGGGUUCUCUACCGCAAUGGGCAGUUCAGCCCCGAGGAGCUGCUGGUCAUGGAGCGCUUCCGCAAGAAGGUUCACACCUUGGCCAUGACGGCCGUCAGCUUCCACCAGAUAGACUUCACCUUCGACCGCAGGGUCAUGUCCAGCGUCCUCACCGAGUGCCGGGACCUGCUGCACCAGGCUGUCAACGGGCACCUGACGGCCAAGUCCCACUCGCGCAUCAACCACGUCUUCAACCACUUUGCGGACUACGAGUUCCUGUCGGCUCUGUACGGCCCGGCCGAGCCCUACCGCACCCACCUCAAGAGGAUCUGCGAAGGGGUCAACAAGAUGCUGGAGGAGGACAACAUCUGAGGCUGGCCCAGGCGGGCUCUUGGCAGCCAGACUCUGCCUCCCGCGAGGCCGAAGAUGCGGUGUCUGCUUUGACCUUCACCGGGCUCGUCCCCUCCUCCCCUCUGCAGUGCUCACUUGUGUUCUCCUCGUUUCUACAAAAGACUGAACCUCUUGACUUUGUCUCCCCCUUGCCCAGGGUCUGCAAAGCCCUCCCUGCGCUGGGUUGGGCCCUCUCCAGGGGAUCCUGGGAUUUUGGGCCCCUGCUGUAGAGUUUGAUUUCCUUUGCCCACCAAGUGCCUUUAGCUGAGAGUCCAAGGAUUUGGACUCUUUGCCUUGAACUCGGUUGUAACCCUCUGGGGGGAAACCAAACCAAAGACUUGUGCUGUGAAGCACCUCCGAGGUGUCUCUGAGGAGGUGGGACGUUGUUGGGGUGAACAGUUCUGAGACCCCGUAGCUGGAGGGUUGUGGAACUCCGGUUUUCUUCCAGCAGCUCCACAGCAUGGUGGGAGCAAAUCACGGUCCAGACUUGUGCUGCCCGGGCAGGAAGGUGCUUCUGUGUGUACUUUAGUGUCCUCAAAGACAAGUCCUUGUGACCAGGAGGGUCCCUCCUCACCUGGGUGAGGGCAGGAAGGGAGCUGGGGGGAGCUGCUCCUUCCCUGGACCCUGGGAACCACCCAACACCCAACUCCCCACGGGCCUCCAGCAGUGGUGCCACCUGGCAGCUCCAGCACUGUCCUCGGUGGUUAUCCAAAGCUGCCCCUGGGAUUUCAUCCCUUUUCCAUGCCCUUGACUGAGUGAUGGUUGUUCAUUUUUAGCAAACUCUGUAGCCCUGAUGAGUUAUUUAAAUAAACUCACCCGUGUGGCCUGGGA